UCAAGACAUUGCUUUUCCGGGAGCCAAUGUAGGUCAGCAAGCAAUGAGGUGAUGGGGAACAGGAACUACUGCAAGACAUCCUACACUGACAAAGGGGAGAAGCCAGAAAAAGGUCGAUUUAUCAGCUUUCAUCAUCUCACAUUUUGGGUAGGAAACGCCAAACAGGCUGCAGCUUAUUACUGCGACAAGUUUGGAUUUGAGCCUGUGGCAUACAAAGGACUGGAGACAGGGUAUCGUGAGGUGGUGUCACAUGUCGUUAGACAGAAUAAGAUUUUCUUUGUUUUCCAGUCAGCACUGAAUCCUGGUGAGAAGGAAAUGACCGAACAUUUAGGGAAACACGGCGAUGGUGUGAAGGACAUCGCAUUUCAAGUGGAAGACUGCAACUUCCUGGUGAAGAAAGCGAAGGAGCAUGGAGCCAUCAUUGUGAAGGAGCCAUGGAUUGAGGAGGAUAACUAUGGAAAAGUGAAGUAUGCUGUUCUGAAAACUUACGGGGAUACAACACACACGUUUGUGGAGUAUCUGGGUCCAUACUGCGGCACCUUCCUGCCUGGAUACAAGGAGCCUCUUUUCAGGGACCCACUCCUUCCCAUACUGCCCCCUGUGAGUCUGAAUUUCAUUGACCACAUCGUGGGAAACCAGCCAGACGAUGAGAUGGUGCCUGUGGUAGAAUGGUACCAGAAGUGUCUGAUGUUUCAUCGAUACUGGUCAGUGGAUGACAAACAGAUCCACACAAAUUACAGCUCCUUGCGUUCCAUUGUUGUGACCAACUAUGAGGAGACCAUCAAGAUGCCCAUCAACGAGCCAGCGACAGGAAAGAAAAAAUCCCAAAUCCAGGAGUACGUGGAUUACUAUGGUGGACCUGGAGUGCAGCAUAUUGCUCUCAAUACCUCUGAUAUCAUUCAGUCUAUCAUAAGUUUAAAAAGCCGUGGGAUGGAGUUCCUGAUGACCCCAGACUCCUACUACGAUCAGCUGAAAGAAAAAUUAAAGACUGCAAAAGUCAAGGUGAAAGAGGACCUUAAGAAGUUACAGGAACUCAAAAUUCUUGUGGAUUUUGAUGAGAAAGGCUACCUGCUGCAGAUCUUCACCAAACCUGUCCAAGACAGGCCCACGCUCUUCCUGGAGGUCAUACAAAGAUAUAAUCACAAUGGCUUUGGGGCUGGAAACUUCAAAUCAUUGUUUGAAGCUAUUGAACACGAUCAGGAUGCAAGGGGAAACCUCAUUGUUUGCACGGCCGACAGAAAAGAGCAAACGAUAUUAUUGAAAUAA